GAGCCAGGUUACACAGGGGACAAGUAUGAUAUUACCUGUCCCCCCAACUGUAGAGAUGGAUGUGAUAAAGAAACGGGGGAGUGUGACAGCUGCGUGUUGGGUUACACAGGGGACAAGUGUAAUGUUACCUGUCCCCCUAACUGUAGAGAUGGAAUUGAUAAAGACACGGGGGAGUGUGGCAGCUGUGAGCCAGGUUACACAGGGGACAAGUGUGAUGUUACCUGUCCCCCCAACUGUAGAGAUGGAUGUGAUAAAGUCAUGGGGGAGUGUGGCAGCUGUGAACCAGGUUACACAGGGGACAAGUGUGAUGCUACUUGUCCCCCGAACUGUAGAGAUGGAUGUGAUAAAGACACGGGGGAGUGUGGCAGCUGUGAGCCAGGUUACACAGGGGUCAAGUGCGAUGUUACCUGUGCCCCCAACUGUAGAGAUGGAUGUGAUAAAGACACGGGGGAGUGUGGCAGCUGUGAGCCAGGUUACACAGGGGACAAGUGUAAUGUUACCUGUCCCCCCAACUGUAGAGAUGGAUGUGACAAGUACACGGGGGAGUGUGGCAGCUGUGAGCCAGGUUACACAGGGGACAAGUGUAAUGUUACCUGUCCCCCCAACUGUAGAGAUAGAUGUGAUAAAGACACGGGGGAGUGUGGCAGCUGUGAGCCAGGUUUCACAGGGGACAAGUGUAAUGUUACCUGUCCCCCCAAAUGUAGCGAUGGAUGUGAUAAAGACACGGGGGAGUGUGGCAGCUGUAAGCCAGGUUACAGAGGGGACAAGUGUGAUGUUACCUGUGCCCCCAACUGUAGAGAUGGAUGUGAUAAAGACACGGGGGAGGGUGGCAGCUGUGAGCCAGGUUACACAGGGGACAAGUAUGAUAUUACCUGUCCCCCCAACUGUAGAGAUGGAUGUGAUAAAGAAACGGGGGAGUGUGACAGCUGCGUGUUGGGUUACACAGGGGACAAGUGUAAUGUUACCUGUCCCCCUAACUGUAGAGAUGGAAUUGAUAAAGACACGGGGGAGUGUGGCAGCUGUGAGCCAGGUUACACAGGGGACAAGUGUGAUGUUACCUGUCCCCCCAACUGUAGAGAUGGAUGUGAUAAAGUCAUGGGGGAGAGUGGCAGCUGUGAACCAGGUUACACAGGGGACAAGUGUGAUGCUACUUGUCCCCCAAACUGUAGAGAUGGAUGUGAUAAAGACACGGGGGAGUGUGGCAGCUGUGAGCCAGGUUACACAGGGGUCAAGUGCGAUGUUACCUGUGCCCCCAACUGUAGAGAUGGAUGUGAUAAAGACACGGGGGAGUGUGGCAGCUGUAAGCCAGGUUACACAGGGGACAAGUGUAAUGUUACCUGUCCCCCCAACUGUAGAGAUGGAUGUGACAAGUACACGGGGGAGUGUGGCAGCUGUGAGCCAGGUUACACAGGGGACAAGUGUAAUGUUACCUGUCCCCCCAACUGUAGAGAUAGAUGUGAUAAAGACACGGGGGAGUGUGGCAGCUGUGAGCCAGGUUACACAGGGGACAAGUGUAAUGUUACCUGUCCCCCCAACUGUAGAGAUGGAUGUGACAAAGACACGGGGGAGUGUGGCAGCUGUGAGCCAGGUUACACAGGGGUCAAGUGUAAUGUUACCUGUCCCCCGAACUGUAGAGAUGGAUGUGAUAAAGACACGGGGGAGUGUGGCAGCUGUGAGCCAGGUUACACAGGGGUCAAGUGCGAUGUUACCUGUGCCCCCAACUGUAGAGAUGGAUGUGAUAAAGACACGGGGGAGUGUGGCAGCUGUUAG